CGACAAGGAGGAAGCUGAGAGACGUCCAUGUUAUCGUACAGUAUAUAUACCGCUGUGGAUAUAGAGAAGUAUCGGAAACAGGCCGCUCCAAUAAAUACUAGGACCUACCUUCCUGGUACAUACUGAACCUCGGACAAUAUCCCCUAAUUACCAGAGACAAUAUCUCCAUCAAUCUCAAUCUCUUCUGUUGUUUCAGGACCGAGACCAAUCCAGACAACCCAAUCAUCCAUUCAGCCAUCCAUCCAUUGAGGUGUCGGUGUUCUCUGGGAGGAGAAGAGAAUAGAACGGUGCUGCUGCCGUUGUUACUUCACUAAUCAUGUCUUCAGGUCGACUGGCUCUGCAGGAUGAAUACGACUUCAUCAUCUGCGGCGCAGGGACCUCCGGAUGUGUCGUAGCAGGUCGAUUGGCCGAAGACACCAAUGCGCGAAUCCUGCUGGUCGAGGCCGGACCGCACAACAAAGACCUCGAGAACGUCCACAUGGUCGGCGGGUGGUCCAAGAACUUUGACUCGGAGACCGACUGGAACCUGGUCACGGAGCCGAUGGGUGGCGUCGACGGCAGACGCGUCAAGCUCAGUCGAGGCAAGUUUUUAGGCGGCUCUAGUGGUGUCAAUGGCACCCUGUGCAUUCGUGGUUGUAAACAGGACUUUGAUGAUUGGAAUCUGCCAGGAUGGUCCGGCGAGGAUAUGUUUGCCUAUAUGCGCAAGUCCGAGACAUUCCACAAAAAGCCGUGGUUUCAAGCCGACGAAAAAGCCCAUGGCUACAAUGGACCGCUCCAUACCGAACCCCACGACCUGGCACCCAUAUCACAGCUGCUCCUCGAGUCCAUGCAAUCCAAAGGACUGCCGUUGAACCAUGACAUGUUCAGCACUGGCACCGUUGCCCAUGGUUGCGGCCAUGUUCCUCGAACUCAUUACAAAGGCGUCCGAACCACUGCGGCCGACUUUGUGACAAAUGCCCGUCACAGAGACAAUAUCGACAUCAUCGUGGAGACGACGGUGGCCAAGGUCAACUAUGAGCGUCGAAAUGGUCAACUACAGGCCACGAGCGUGACUCUGGUCGAUAAGUCUGGGACCCCACGAGUUGUCAAGGCGAGAAAGGAGAUUGUCAUUUCCGCAGGAGCAUAUUGUUCCCCGGCCAUUCUUCUGCGCUCCGGAAUAGGUCCCAAGGCCGAAUUGGAGCAGUUGGGCAUCAGGUGUCUUGUUGACUCUCCUGGUGUCGGCAAAAAUCUGCUCGACCACUUGAUCGUUUUUGCCUUUUAUGAGACUGAGAAAGAAGGAUUGACCAACGACGCCUUGGUGUACCAUGGAGAUUCUGAAAUGACUUCAUAUAUGUUGUACAAAGAUAAAAAGGAAGGUGUAUUUUCGACUUUUCCAUUUGGCGCGUUCGGCUAUGCCAGACUCGAUGAUCGGUUGAAGAACGAGCCCCUUUGGAGGAAUGCGAAAAGGAGGCCCGGUCGUGACCCGAUGGAAUUGACCCCAAAUCAGCCCAAUGUUGAGUUCUUCACCACUGAGUUGUAUGGUGGCCCUAAGCAAUAUGACGACUUCCCCAUCGACAAAAAGCAUGCCUUUGCAAUGAUUACCGAACUGUUUUCCCCACGUUCGAGAGGAACAGUGACACUGAAGUCAAAAGACCCACUGGAGAACCCUGUUAUUGAUUGCAAUUACCUGUCCGAUCCGCUUGACCUGCUGGUCCUGAGCGAGGGCUGCAGGCUCGGCAAUGAGAUUGUGAUGCAAGGAGCCGGGACGAAAGAUAUCGUUAAAGGGUCAUGGCCUCCACGUCUGACACAUCAUGCUGCCAACACCCGGGAAGAGUGGGUUCCAUAUGUCAAACAGCACGCAACGACGUGUUAUCACGCUGCUGGGACGUGUAAAAUGGGACGGUCCGAUGAUAAAUUGGCCGUCCUCGACGAAAAGCUCCGGGUGAGAGGAGUCCAGGGCCUCCGAGUGGCCGACUGCAGUGUGAUGCCGACUUUACAUGGCGGUCACACCCAAAUGCCUGCGUAUGGAAUAGGGGAGAAGGCUGCAGACCUGCUAAAGGAGGCCUGGCACCUAGGUGCUUUGGGCAAGGCUGAGCAGAUCCAGCCCAUAUCCAGCCGGUUGUAAGGCCAGUGUAUCAGAGCCACCAUUUCGGGUCCCGGCAUCGGCUAUAGCUAGCUUAUAGGCAGCCAAAUUGUAUCGGUGAUUUCCAAGGUAGACUUGAAGUUAGCUGCUUGUCGAUGUUCCAAAGAAUGAAUUUCGUUUUUCC